UUUUCCUUGGSCUUUCAGUAAGAAUUUUCAUGCUUGGAGUCACUACUUUCGCUUGUUUACGGUAAUGUCUUCCUACACGUACAAACGCAUUCAAUUAUUUCAAGGAUUGUCUGAGGACAGAUACGAAAGGUUUUGAGGUUCACUCUCAACGCUCUCGGCGGCUCCAUGUUACUACGACUGUAGAAUUUGUAGUCGUAUAAAUAAUCCGUUGCUUGGCCUUGCGAAACUUCUAUUCAAAAUGCCAGCCCUCGUUGAAACCAAGAAUGUGAUACCAAAAGAUGUCAAAGCUUUAAUAUUCGAUUGUGAUGGAACGGUUUUGGACACUAUGCCUCUACACUGGAAAGCCUGGUGUGAGAUCUGCAAGGAGACGGGGUUAAAUUUUGCCAAGAAAGAUUUUCUUCGACUCGCUGGAGUGCCCGGUAAAUACAUUAUUCGAGACUUAGCGAUCAAACAAUCGAUCAUACUAGAUCCCUUGGAGGUUUACCAAAGAAAAAGAACUGUAUUUCUGAAAGGACUGUCUACUGUUGAAUCUAUACCUUGCGUUUUACGCUUUGUUUAUGAAGCCAAGAAGAAAGGAAUACCAGUCGCUGUUGCGUCAGGUAGCUCUCGGGCACAAGUCGAAAAAGCCCUUGCAGCAGCUGGUGUUCGUCAUCUAUUUGAUGUUGUUGUUGGUAAUGAGGACUAUACCAACCCCAAGCCCUCCCCUGAUGCAUUUCUGACUGCGGCAUUUAAACUAGGAGUGGACCCAGAAGACUGUUGGGGAUUUGAAGACGCAGAUAUUGGUCUGGAGGCAAUAAAAGCCGCUGGACUGGCCAAGUCAUUUGAUGUCAGAAAUUUUAAAGGUUACCCACAGACCCUGCAAUCAAUCAGUUAACAUAUAUCACAUACUCACAGUAAAACUGAAUAUAUUAAGCUGUCAUUUGAAGCAAAGCUGGUUCAAUGUUCCUAAAGAGCCUGUCAAAAAACAUCCGAAGCAAAGAGCUAGAUCAUGGCUUUCAACAUUGGACCAAUCACAUCAGUCAUAUUCUGCUUACUUUGCAAAGGAACACUCAAUCUGUUGGUUUUUAAGCUGUUAGCUAACUUGUGGAGAUUUCCAAUAUUUCUCUCACUUGGUAUAAUGCUAUUAAGAAGAUUUGAGAUUAUGGAAGUUCAGACUUUUUUUCCUGAAUUCUGCUCUCCAUGUCAGAUUUAAAUUUUGAAAUGAUUCCAAGUCCUUAUUAAUGCUGCUAUGUGAGUUCUUGCUGUAUUGGCAGGGACUCAACAUUCUUCAAGAGGUCAUUGUAAAUCUCCCAAUAUUAUACAUGCUGAUAACAGGGAGUUUUAGACACAUUAAUUCCUAAAAGGAUUAGACAAAUCCCUCAGGAUAAAAGGCCAGAACUGUCAACACAUCUUUAAAAUGGGUUUAAAUUAAUUUUAAUUCAGAAUUACAGGAAUAACAUGAAAAGUACUUAGCUAAGCUAGUAAAAGCUAAGGAUUACACAAUUAUAAAAAAAUGUAAAAUUCCUAAUAGGGCAAUUCAAAUGAAUACUUUUUUAACAAAUCAAUUCAAUUGGUUGUAAUACAUUAUGGGUAAUGAUACGUUUACAGCAGAAUAGGUCAUUUUAUCAAAUAUUUAAUCAUUUGAAAGAGUCAAGCGCACAUAUUUUUUAUCGUAAGUACACUUUAUUUAUUUAUCUCAUACAUAUCUUAACAAUUUCAGAAGACACAAAAAAGUAAGUUAAAAAUUAAAAGCAUAUUUUGAAAUAUG